AGCUUCCACCGAAAAGCAAAGCUCUCCUUAUUUUUUCACCCAUUACAAUCGCCCAGCAAAAUUGAUUAUUCAACGGCAGUCAAUUGCGAGAAUAUUGACUGAAGCUUAGAUCAAUGGCCCCUCAAAAUCCAGCUUUGAGGAGGGAGGUCAUCACUAUUUACAAAGAGCUUUUGAAUCUUGGUCGGGACUAUCCCUUGGGAUUCGAUUACUUCCGCCCGAGGCUACACAAGGCGUUCAUCAGUAAUGCAUCUUUGACCAACGAGGAAGAGAUUCGGCAGGGGAUCAAGAGGGCAGAGUUUGUCAAGAAAGAAAUUGAAGCAUUGUAUUAUCUGAAAAGGUAUCGUGCGCUACGUCAAAGAUACAACAAGCCCUAACAAGGCCUCCGAUGUUCGAGCGAUCAGUCAACUCUGGACCCUCGUAAAGGGUAAGGAUUAAUCCAAGACCGAAGAUGGCUCUCCAGUGAAGUUGCCAACAACUAUACGGCGUCUUCCGUUCUCAAAAGUGCCUCAUCUCAGGCAGGACAAUCAACUUGGAUAAUCUCGCCGAUAAAACUGCCUUAAACGCACGGUGGCUACUCCCCUAAUUGGCCUUAAAAUCAGCCGAUCAUGGGGAUGGAUAUCAGUGCCAUGGGAAAGCUGCUGUGGAGAAGAAGUGCAACUCUAUGUACCUCUAGUUUGAGAAGGAUAUUCUCCAUAGAAGUGUCUCAGCUGUUAUGGGAGGUCUGCGAGCCAAGUCGUGGUCUGGUAUGGAUACACAUGGUUGUAGAGGUGUUAGAGCCUUCAUGGCCGCCUUUUCUCAGGUCGUCACAAGAAUGCAACAACAGGAGAAAGACAUGUUGUUGGCCACUCUAAGUCAGACCUAGAUCAAGUCAUAGCUGCUAAGAUUUGGUUGCUAUUGGAGUCUCCAUAUCGGGGAGGUGAGAUGAGUAUUGUUAGAUGCAAAGCUAAGCGACUCAGAGGUUACAGCAACGCAGACCAGGGCGCCACUGAUCCAUGUCGAAACACAUCUAACUUUAAGCUUGUCGUCGAUGCAAAUGGCGACUUUUUUGUGGAUGGUCGAUUUCUUUGGCUACUUGCAGAGGCAUAAAACAAGUUAACGUACUUUUCCUUCAACAAGGUAGAAGUCCUAGAUUGUCUAAGAACUCUUCACAAUUCAUAAAGAUAGGCA